AUGUUUCUCUUGGGUUCGGAAAUUGCCACAGAUUCGGCAGGCAAGGGCUGGGACAAGGGCUACGACAAGGGAUACGAGAAGAGCUACGUUUCGAUCUUGGAUUCCGAUAAGGGCUACGAGAAAGGUUACGGCUAUGAUAAAGGCUAUGGCAAGAGCCACGAGAAAGGCAAAGGCAGCAAAGCCGGAAAGGGCUAUGAGGAGAAAGGUGCCAAAGGCAAAGGUGGCAAAGACUCCCACGACAAGGGCAAGGGUGGCAAGGCCCUUGAAACUGGCAAGGGCAAGAAGGGUAGCGACGGCAAAGGAAAGGCCGGAAAGGACGCCGGUAAGGGAAUCAAAGGAGAUGCAAAAGGCAAGGGAAAAGACGUGAAGGGCAAGGCUGGAAAGGGUGAGACCGGCAAGGCUGGCAAGGGAGAGAAGGGUGGAAAGGGCAAGGGCGGUGGCGGCAAGGGCGGCAAUCGACGCGAUGGUGCUGCUAUUGGAGAGCUGCUGCCAGAGGCCAACGAGGAGGUCAAGAAGGAAUUCGAGAAGGAGUUCGAUGUCACGGCUGCAAAUUCCAAGUUCGACAAGGCCGCCGUAGCCAAGGAAGGUGAAGAAGGCGAUCAGCUGAAGCCGCUCCCCGGCUACGACAAGACCAAGUCCUUCUUUGACUCCAUUUCUUGCGAGGCGACGGAGCGCUCGGGAGCUGCGGACCGGCCCAAGGCUGAUGUCGCGAAGAUGCGCAGUAUGGACAGGGAGACCUUUGGUGAUGCCCGUCGGCCGCCACGCCCUGGUGGCAUGCGGAGGAACCGUGCUGGCAAGGGCAAGGGGUUUCGCUCCUGA